UCACUUCCUACCGAGAAUUAUUGAGCUUCAUUUCAUUCAUACCGAACUUCCUCCCACAGAUGGCAAUGAAGCGUGCUGCUACUUCUGCAAUUAAAGCUUUUGCUUCUUCUCAGACUUCCUUUUCAGGUUUAUCAACGAAUUUCGCCCGUAACCUCCAUGCGUCUCCAGGGAGCAAAAAGAUUGUUGGGGUGUUUUACAAGGCCAACGAAUAUGCUACAGAAAAUCCCAAUUUCGUAGGCUGUGUGGAGAAUGCAUUGGGCAUACGCAACUGGCUGGAAUCACAAGGCCAUCAGUAUAUUGUUACGGAUGACAAAGAAGGACCCAAUUGUGAACUUGAGAAGCACAUUCCUGAUCUUCAUGUGCUCAUAUCGACACCCUUCCAUCCAGCCUAUGUGACAGCAGAAAGGAUCAAGAAGGCCAAAAAUUUGCAACUGCUUCUUACAGCUGGAAUAGGGUCAGAUCACAUUGACCUGAAGGCAGCAGCAGCUGCUGGGCUAACUGUUGCAGAAGUCACCGGAAGUAAUGUGGUUUCAGUUGCGGAAGACGAAGUCAUGAGAGUACUCAUUCUUAUGAGGAACUUUGUGCCUGGAUACCAGCAAGUAGUUAAUGGAGAAUGGAAUGUUGCUGCUAUUGCUUGCAGAUCUUAUGAUCUUGAGGGGAAGACUGUGGGAACUGUUGGUGCAGGGAGAAUUGGCAGACUUUUACUCCAAAGAUUGAAACCUUUCAAUUGCAAUCUUCUCUAUCAUGAUCGGGUCAAGAUGGAUCCGGAACUGGAGAGUCAGAUAGGGGCAAAGUUUGAGGAGGAUCUCGAUAAAAUGCUUCCCAAAUGCGAUGUCAUAGUUGUCAAUACUCCUCUUACAGAGAAGACAAGGGGGAUGUUUAACAAAGAAAGAAUUGCAAAGAUGAAGAAAGGAGUCCGUAUUGUCAACAAUGCCCGAGGAGCAAUUAUGGAUACACAAGCAGUUGUCGAUGCUUGCAAUAGCGGACAAAUUGGAGGUUACAGUGGGGAUGUUUGGAACCCACAACCAGCGCCAAAAGAUCAUCCAUGGCGUUACAUGCCAAACCAGGCUAUGACUCCUCAUAUUUCUGGUACUACCAUUGACGCACAGUUGCGGUAUGCUGCUGGAGUUAAGGAUAUGCUUGACAGGUACUUCAAAGGAGAAGACUUCCCUGCAGAAAACUAUAUUGUUAAAGAUGGUCAACUAGCAAGUCAGUAUCGGUGAUUUUGUGCUUCCAAAGCCUGCAGAGUCUUGGUAAAACUUUGUCCAGGUCUUUAAGUUCCAUUUCCAAGUUUAAAAAAAAAUAAUAAUAAUAACAAUAAAGUUGUAAUGACUGAAGUCACAACAGUAGUAUCAUCUUCAUGUGUGUGUGUGUGUGUGUCAGUUUUAAAAUUUUAAGUCUGUAAAUGGAUGAGUUUCAAUAAUUGACUGUUUUUUGCUGGGUA